GUGAGACACACAAAAGUGAUUGAAGUUCCCCUCUACCAUUGCAACUGAAGGUCAGGAUCUGGGCUCCUGAGGAUCUGUCAAUCACUGCUCCUCCCAACCGGAAGGUCCGUCCUUUUUACCGAGCCGGGCUGCUUGGAAUUUCUCAGCGCCUGUAAUUUCUCCGUCUCGGGUUGUGCCGGAAAGGCCCAUUCCUUGAUGUGUUGGGAUUUGCCAAGUGCAACAACUCUCAGUUGACGUCAUGCUGCUGCAUUUCAGACAUUACACAAUCUCUUGAACUGCCCACCGAGCUGAACACAUUUUAAUGGCAAGAAGCAACCUUCGGCUUGCUCUGAGAAGCCCUAUAAAGUGUCAUUGUUUACUGCCGCGAAUGUAAGAUGAUGGAAGCUCCGUCUAAUGCACAGGAUGUCUUGCUGGUUAAUUCAAUGUACGCCACUGAGAGCAAAGAGGACAUUCCUGAUGAUGCAGCUGUGUCUGGGUCAUCCAUCAUGGAAGUUGAUAUGAAUGGUGCCUGUGUGAACAGUACUGAUAAAGUGCCAAACAGUGGAACAGCAGUGGACGGCAGCAAUGUCACAGGCAAACAUGAGGGCAAGAUCCACCAGCAGUACGCUUCCAGUGUUAAAAGUGCUGGCGGUGAAGGAGACGGUUGUCAGAAUGGAUCCAAGUCCGUUUACAGGUCCACUGGGCCUUCUGGCAUUCCCCAGGCUGUCUCCAACUCACCUGAAAGUCUGUCACCAAAGUGCAGAUCAGAUGAGAGCAAAGAGCCUUCCCCAGGUGUGGAUGGUUUCCAUGGCAACUUAAGGAAGUCUCAGGGAACUAAAUCUGAGAUGUUUGUUCAAAAAAGUGAAGCUUUGCAGUCGCUCAUUCUAAGUCUUCCUAUGCAAGAAACCGAUUUGCGUACUGUGGAUCCAUCCUUGAAAGAGCAGAAUGAAGAACAAAUACGGUCGAAGGCUCAACGGCAUCUUGAAGAGCAGCUCAAACAGUACAGAGUCCAAAGGCAUCAGCAAAGGUCUAAACAAUCAACACCAAAAAAUCAACUCUCCAGUACUUUGGACCCAGAGCUGAUGUUCCAUCCCGAUCUACUUCCACGUGCUAGUACCCUCGCCUUGACCAAGGAAUACACUUUCUUGAGGACCAGUGUUCCACGAGGACCCAAAGUUGGCAGCCUUGGAAUUCCAAAUGUUUCCAAAGAUGAAAAGACUUCAAAGAGUUCAAAAUCCAGCAAAAUAAGGUCCCUUGCAGAUUAUAGAACUCAGAGUUCAGAUGCUGGAAAUAGUAUAGGAAGAUCUUCCAGUGUUGAAACACUAGGAUCCCUGAAAGAAAAUAGGACUGGUUCGUCUACAUCUGUCAUAUCUGAAAUAGGCUUUGCAUCAGAAAAUGAUAAAUUGGAGACUUCAUUGCACACAGAGGACAAUAACUCUGAGAUUGAUGCCAUUGAACUUGGAGCAAGGCAAGAUGAGAAUGAAAGUGACAGUUCUUCAUAUAGCAGUAUAUCUACUACUGGCAUCUAUGGGACCAUGCCCUCACUGGAUGCUAGGCAAAAAACCACAUACACUGUUGAGGGACAAGAAAUUUCAUCUGAUGAUAUAGGGCACUUCCCUUCUAUUGGAGAGGUACUGGAGGCUGCAGCAGCUGCAACAGCAGGACACGGGACUGAGCAGCAAGAAGUGAAUGGAGCAGUGCGGAGCCGAAGAGACAGUUUAUCCAGCAGUGUUUCCAUGGAAAGCUCCGUGCUGGAAUCCCAUGAGGACCUAAUGCAGAUUCUUAAAGAAAAAAUGCGGCUUGAGGGUCAAUUGGAAGCUCUAUCCUCUGAAGCUAAUGAGGGUUUGAAGGAGAAGACUGAACUACAGGCCCAGUUAGCAGCUUUAAAUGCACAACUGCAGGCACAGGAUGAGCAGAAGGUGCUCAGUGAACAAAGGCAAAACACGUUGACCUCGGAAGUAAGCACCUUGCGUCAGACAUGUUCCAGUCUAGAACAGGCCAUGGCUGAGCUUCAGACCAACCUCGAGGCCAAGAAUGCCAGUUUAGCUGGGCUAAACAAUGAUCUUCAGGUGGCUGAGGAGCAGUAUCAGAGGCUGGUGGGAAAAGUUGAGGAAAUGCAGCAGGCAAUUCUGAGCAGAGAUAAUUCGGUUCAGGCUGUUCGGCAACAAAUGGCAGUCCUUCAGAACCAGCUUCAGCAAGCACAGUUGGAACGUUCCACACUAACGAGCCAGCUCAAGGCAUCCCAGUCUGAGAUAACUUCUCUGCAGCAGGUCAGGCACUGGUACCAGCAACAGCUGACAGUGGCACAAGAGGCAAGGGUUCGGUUACAGAGUGAAAUGGCCAAUGUGCAGGCUGGUCACAUGACUCAAGCAGCAAUGCUGGAGCAUCUGAAAAUAGAGAACGUAUCUUUGUCUCAACAACUUACGGACACUCAGCAGAGAUCCAUCAAAGAAAAGGAGCGCAUUGCAAUCCACCUGCAAAACAUCGAGGUUGACAUGUUGGACCAAGAAAAAGCUUUUCAUCAGAUCCAAGAGGCAAAAGCAAUGGUGGAAGAUGAUCUGUCAAGGAAACUUGAAGAAUUUGAGGAAGAGCGGGAGAACCUUCAGAAAUUGGCCAAUUCUGCUUCAGCAUUGGAACGAGAGCUUGAGGAGGUUAAGUUAACCCUGCAUCAGCGAGAACUCCAAUUAGAAACUCUGCGACAGGAACAAAUGGAACUUCUGAAACAGCUCACGGACUCCCAAGAGGCCUUGCAUACCAAGGACCAAUCCUUGAAUGAAUUGCAGGCACGUUAUGAUGAGCUGGAGACCCGUCUAGCAGAGAUUCAAACCGAAACAAAUGCCAAAGAUGAUGCAAUCCAGUUCUUGCAAAAUGAGAAAAUUGUUCUGGAAGUGGCCCUACAAACGGGAAAGAUGGAUAAAGGUGUGCUGGAGGAAGGAACCAAAAGGCUUGAGGAGGGAACUGAAGUGGUGUCUGAAAUUCUAGAACAGCUUCGUCAGGAAAUUGCUGUAAAGACUGGGCAGAUAGAAAAUAUGCAACAAGAGAAUGCCAGUUUUAAGAAACAGACUCAGAAACUGAAGGAACAGCUUGUUCAACAGAAGGUAAUGGUGGAUGCAUAUCGGCGUGAUGCAAACUCAAAGGAUCAACUAAUAAACGAGUUAAAAUCAGCGAAAAAGAAGCUGGAGUCAGUGGUGAAAGAGUUGAAGCAAGAAGUUGUUGUGCUGCAGACUGAUAAGAAAUCCACACAAAAUGAACAUGUGCGGUUGCAGAAGGAGAUUUCUCGUGUCCAUCAACAAAUGACUGAUCUGGAAAGCCAACUUCAGUUGGCACAGGAAGAACGAGAUGAAUUGAACACAGAGCUUCAGUCGUUGCAGUUUGACAGGAACCAGCUCGUGUCACUCUCUCAGGAAAAUGAAGAGCUUAAGAAGCAAGUGGAGCAGAUGCAGGAUGAAACUAAAAAGGGCAUUUCUGAACAGAAGACUCGAAUGAAGAAACUUGGCACAGAUCUCACCGCUGCACAGAAAGAAAUGAAAGCCAAACAUAAAGCUUAUGAAAAUGCUGUUGGCAUCCUGAGCCGUCGCCUCCAGGAGGCCCUUUCAGCAAAAGAGACUGCUGAGGCGGAGCUCAACAAACUAAAAGAUCAGGUCAUAGAGGAUGGAGGCAAUAAUUUUCUGCAAGAGCAGGUUCAGGCUUUGCAACUGGAGUUGCAGGCAGUGAACCACAGCAAAUUCAUGCUUGAGAAGGAACUGCAAGAGGUGAUCUCUCUCACCACUCAAGAACUGGAGGAUUAUCGAGAAAAGGUUUUGGAGCUAGAAGAUGAGCUUCAGGAGUCGAGAGGUUUUAGGAAAAGGAUAAGACGCUUGGAAGAAGCCAAUAGAAAGUUGACUCUAGAGUUGGAACAUGAACGAGGGAAGCUGGUUGGCUUAAAUCAAUCCCAUGCUGCAUUAAAAGAGCACACCAACGUCUUGGAGACUGCCCUGUCCAAGAGAGAAGCAGAUCUAGUGCAGCUUAACCUCCAGGUACAAGCCGUUUUAAAACGAAAGGAAGAGGAAGACCAGCAGAUGAAGCAGUUAAUACAAGCUUUGCAGAUUGCACUGGAAAAGGAGAAAGAACAUGUAAAUGAACUAAAACAGCAGGUUUCUGCAAACAAGGCUGAGGCUGGACACAAUCGCCGUCACUACAGAGCAGCUGCCCUCGAACUUAGUGAGGUGAAAAAAGAGCUGCAAGCCAAAGAACAGCUGGUAGAAGCUCUGCAGGCAGAAGCUGAUAAGCUCCAAGCCCAGGAUAAGGAACAUUCUCAGGAAAUAGCACGUUUCCAGGAGGAAUUGGCUGCAGCUCAUUCUCAGCUGAAAAUACUGCAGAAUCAGCUGGAUGAGCAGCUCAACAAACCUGUUGCUGUAAACCAGGAGGUGGAGGACUUGAAAUGGGAAGUUGAACAGAAGGAAAGAGACCUCCAAGCCUUAAGGCAGCAACUCUCAAUGACUGAGCAGCGAAGUCAGAAAGAGUUGGAAGGACUCCAGGAAGCUUUGCAGGGUAUUAAAACUAAUUUGGAGGAACUGCAGGAGGAACUUGCAGCAACCCGCAAGGACAAAUUCAUGCUCCAAACCAAGGUGACGGAACUAAGAAAUAGCAUGAAGACAUUACUGCAGCAAAACCAACAGCUAAAGAUGGACCUCAAGCAGAGAAAAACACUCAAGCGAAUAGAGUUGAAAGGAGAUGCUGUUUCAUCAAACCCUGUAACUCCGGUAAAGAUCCCUGAUUGUCCUGUACCUGCCUCCCUCCUUGAGGAAUUGCUCAGGCCACCAACAGCUGUGAGUAAGGAACCUCUGAACAACCUGCACAGUUGUUUAAAGCAGCUCAGGCAAGAGAUGGACAGUUUACAGCGACAGAUGGAGGAGCACACAGUAACUGUACACCAGUCUAUGUCGUCAUGGACGCAGAUCGAAGGGCAGUUGAUGGAACUUACUGCUGACGGCUCCGUGGCAGCAGCAGAACAGUCCAGCAAUAGUAUAGCAACUGACCUCAGCAAUAGUGCAAAUACUAACUACGUGGAUGGGAGCGCUCAAUAGGGAACAAUUUCUGUACUGCCACAGAUGUAAACACUCAGCAAUGCUGAUGAGUGAGAAUGUUUUCCAGACCUCGUGAUUUAUUUACGUUCUGAUUUUCUUGUCAACCCAUCAGCAAGUAGUUAAGGUAUCCCCUUCACACCAUCCUUUUAUGGCUUUACAUCUGUAGCUUAAACCCACAUGCCUUGUGAUUAUUAUUUGGCUACAGGGUCCUUACUAAGAGAAGGGGAAGAGGAAGGAAGAGAUGGGGAGGGAUUAGCUUUAUUUAUCUUUAUGGAGGCAAGUCCAUCAACCAUGAAAUGGUAUAGACUGAGCUGGGAGAAAUUCAUCACUUAUGCGUCCCAACCCUUGGUUCAGGAUGUGGGUAAUGAACAUGAGGUGAGUUGUCUUUAUUCAAGAAGGGCUUAAAAGGUUAAAAAUAUUGAUUCUAAUUUAUUAAAAUUACCUUUACCUUAACUGGUUGUAACUUUUUUGUAUUUGAGUUCUAAAAGUUGUCAAUUUAAUUUGAAGUUGGAGGUGUAUUUAAGAGUUUAAGACUUGAGCAGCAUUAUGUUGGUACUGAGUAAGUCAAUAGUGUGGUUUGUACAUUUUCGUCUGAAUGUUACAAAAUCUAUUAUUUCCUUAAAAAAAAAGUAUAGUUUAAAAAAAUGUGCGUUGCACCUUUUAAUCUCCAAGUUUGUGGAGCCAAGGCAAGCCAAAAUAAUAUAACUUGACCUAACCUCAGCAGUAAAUUCUCUCUUGAAUGUGUUGGGUUUUGCUUCUGCACACGCACUAAUACAUGGAGUCAUUUAAAUAUCACAUUUUUACAUUUCUUUACAACAAUGAUAGAGGAUCAGAUCUCAAAAGUUAACACCCUGGGUUUGAAGCUGUACGAGAUGGGUGAAUGAAAGUUUGAACUCAGUUGUAAUGGGUAAGAGUUUACGGUACACAAUGUCCCCUGGGUCACAUUGGGGCUCAGUCAAACGGAAGUGUUACACAAGCUUCCUAGGUGGGACUAUUCACUGAUUUGAUCAGUGUAAAAGGAGCUUUAAACUAUAAUUACCUGUCACCUGGGAAUAUUUGCAAGUUAUUACUUAAACGACUAGUGCUUCAUAUGCUGGCAGCCUUGAUAUGAGAAAGAAAUUAUAUAUGUAUGGACCUUAGGUUACAGUUUUUUUAAAAUUAUGUUUAUAUGUAACAGAAAAUCCCACUGUCAUUUCCGUGCUUUGUUAUUGAAGAAAAGGCAUGUUUAUACAAUUGUCAAGUAAGCUUAGAAACACCUUUAUUUUCUCAUCAGUAACGUAAAAGCUGAGCUGGAGUAAUGGAAAGGCUAACUAGAGCUGCUUUGACCAUAAUCAACGUUUGUGCACUACAUCAAUUAUUGUUUCUAUCUCAGUAACUGUUACUGUCUGGAGAUGCUGAAAUAGUUUGCUCAGUUAACAACGCACUGUUCAGUUUAAUUUUGGCUUCAUUUUUUUUUGGUUUGCCUUUACUCUGGAGACCCAUUUACAACAGACUAUCUUGUACAAUAUGAAAGAACUGUAAGCAUGUUAAGGAACUUUGUGCAUUAUAUUGCUGGAGAGCAAUGUGCAAUAAACUAUUUUUGGUAAUGGUUUUUCAUGUAUGCUUUACUUUUAUAUUUACUUUUUAGUUAUUGGUUCAACUUAUUUUCAACAUGCAUGCGAGAUGCAAAUUAAACAUGCUCAGUCAUCUGCAUAAUCAAUUUAGAUUAUAGAUAUAAUGCAGCUUUGUGUAAAACAUAAAGCUGAAGAAUAAUAUAAAGAGUUAAUUGCAUCCCCUCACUUUUAUUCCACAAUCCCAUAAGUAACUGCAAUCUAAUAAUAUGUACCUGUGUGGCCAAGUGAUGCACAGAAAAUAAUCGCUACAUGAGGAUAAUUGAGUCUAAGGAAAUAAUUGUGAAGCAUUUAACAUCAAUUAGCAAAGGUAAACCUUCGGCUGCUUGAAAUCGAUGCUUGAAUCCUAGAGAAUUUAAACAAAAAAGCAUUUUGUUUUAUUCUUCAUGUAUUGCAAAUUUUGUACUGUAGAGUUUUUAUUCAGUUCAGUCAUUGUGCCUGCACUAGACAGCAGGUGUAUGGCCUUGGUGAGACGUGCUGUUUCUUUACAGGGUUGUUUAACAUUACUGAAGUUGUUUGUUCCGUAAUUAAUUGUAAAGAAGUUUUGGCCAUUGUGUAUAUAUUCAAAAAUAGUACAACUACCCAGACACUGACAGGAUUUGACAACCCUACAAAGCAUCUGGUUUAAACACAUUACUGUUUGUCUGUGUCUUUAUAGUUUUUAUUUAAAACAUUAAAAUUAUUAAUUUAACAUCUUGGACAGGAGGGAUGUCUUUCUUAUAAUGAAAUCUUUGUAAUUUAAAAAAUUAUUCCAGUCAAUUUAGUUGACAUCACUACACAGAUUAUUUCUCACCUCCCUGGAGAAUUUG